CAACCGGACGUAUUUUGAGAUCGCAACAAAGAUGGCGGCUUCCACCGGUCGAACACGCCUCCAGUAUCUGCUACAUCUGGCUCAGGAUAAUCUGGACUUCAGGUUACCGGAGAUUAAGGCUCUGCUGGCCCUCAGAGGAAAACCCUUCCAUCCUGGUGAACACUUCAAAGAAAAGGCUCCUUUCUGGUGUCUGGAUGGUUUGGCUGAGGACGAUGUCCGUGGCAUCAUGGCAAGAUCAGUUUGUGCAAAGUCAGCUUUUGAGUUAUGGGGCCACGGACAGACGCACAGUGAACUCAGAACAUCCCUCCUGACCUACCCUUCAGAGCUAAUGACACCAUUCCUGCACAAGGACUCCACCUACAAAAUCAACGUCUACACUUUCAACAAGACUCUUGAGUUUCCAGACCGAAUCAAAAGGAUUAAUGCUAUGGAGUAUCUUCCAUUUGAGGGCACGGUGAGCCUGAAGAGCCCUCAGCACAUCUUCUGCUUGUUGGAGGAUUACGGCACAGACCCCAACAACAUCCCCGAGGAUCCAUACUACAUAUACUUUGGCCGAUGGAUAGCGGACGGCCAGCGUGAACUGAUUCGCUCCCACAGUGUGAAGAACAGACACUUUAUCGGAAACACCAGUAUGGAUGCUGGCCUGUCAUUCAUCAUGGCAAACCACGCUGGGGUCAAAGAGAAUGACCUGGUUUUUGACCCCUUUGUUGGCACAGGAAGCCUGUUGGUAGCAUGUUCUCAUUUUGGAUCCUAUGUCUGUGGAAUUGACAUUGAUUACAACACCAUUCACGGCAGAGGUCGCUCGAGCCGUACAAACCAGAAAUGGCGAGGACCCGAUGAGAAUAUCAGAGCUAACCUGCGGCAAUAUGGAAAAGAGAAGAUGUAUGUGGAUGUGAUGGUGUCCGAUGCAUCCAAGUCUGUGUGGAGGGAGGCUGCUCUGUUCGACGCCAUUAUUACUGAUCCUCCAUAUGGUAUCCGUGAGUCCACAAGGCGAACAGGCUCCCACAAAGACGUCACUAAACCUGCUGACGGCUUAUAUUUAGAGUCUCACGUCCCCGUCUCACAGGCGUACCAUCUCAGCGACAUCUUCACAGACCUGUUAAACUUCUCAGCUCUUCACCUGGUUAUUGGUGGGAGGCUCGUCUAUUGGCUGCCUGUCUACAGGCCAGAGUACUGUGAGGAGACGGUUCCUCUUAAUCCAUGUCUCCGGCUCAUCAGUAACUGUGAGCAGAUGCUCUCCAGCCACACAUCACGACGCCUCAUCACCAUGGAGAAGAUCAAGGAGCCAGAGGAGUUCGACAGCCUGGCUCAUCUGGCGGAUCCCCGCUUCAGCCCCUUCCAGGGACACAACGCCUUCAGAGAGAAGUAUUUCAGCGGAGUCAACAAGAGGAAGGAGGAGAACAAAUCGGAUUUGAAUGGAGAAUAAUUUGAUGCCUCAGGAGAUCUGACAAAACAACUUUUCAGUGUCUUAUCCAAAAGACAAACCACGAAUCAGUUUGGUAGUGGAUUCAAGAGAGUAACAAAGUGUAAACUUAUUUGUUAUAAUUGUGCUUUUUUUAAUCUUUCUUACUAUUUUAAUUGUUAUUACUUUUACGCCUGUACUUAUUAUUUUGCAAAUAAAUGGAUACAAUUUUU